GUGUGGAAAAAAAACACAAAGGCAUGAAUAACGCUUAAAGCAAGUUAUACCCGUUUGUGUGUUUCAGCAUUUGUGCAAUGUGAACAUGAAUAAAAUAGUCACGACAACCUUUCAAAGUCAUGCAGUAGGUUCUCUGAGUAGAAGCAGGGAGAGCGGGGUUGUAUUUUUCCAUAAUCCACCAGUGUAAGACUAGAUGUUACCACUGAAACUGAAGAUGACGGGCUCAGACUCAUUAGGUCAAGUAAAAGUUACGAGAUACCCUACAGCAGUUGUUAUCAACUAUAUUCACAAAUGCAUCCCCAACACCGAAAGACAGCAGAUGUUUUCCUUUUUGUUUUUCCGUAUUUGUUUGACAUCUUACAGUUAACUUAAAUGACUUUUUAAAAACAAUCUGCAACCAUAAGCCCUGGAAAAGCUCAUUAUUUUUCCUUUUAGUCUCUGAGUCAGAGUUUAGUCUUUUCAGCCUCCGUCUCAUGAUCCUCAGGCCAGAAUCGCCUCAGCCAAUCAGAAACCUAUAUUAUUUUAACAACUGACUCAAUUAAAAUGUCGUUUAACAAGAAUUAGUAAUACCUGAGGCAAACUGUGUUGAGUAAGUCCGGUUUAUGGUGGAGUCAUUUGUAAAAAAUGACUGUCAAGCACCUUUCGCUGCAUUUUUUUGUAUGUAUUAAAGUGCAUGACCAGAUCUAUGACAGGACAAGCAAACAUUUUACCUGUAAAUCAGUAAUUCAUUUAAAUGUUAAAUGUUAAAUGUAGCACGUUGUCUGCAGAAUGGACAGUGUGCUAUUACACCCUUACAUUGUAAGUACAGUAUGUGACCACUGCUUAGGAAGGCAGUGAACUGACAUCUCACAAGUCAUCACUUCCUCUUGGCCUCACAGGGUGUGAGAACACAAAAGCAAAAAUGAUUUCCCCUUAGCGGGGCUGUCCUAAAAGAACAAGAACAGCUUACAUGUUCACCAGUUGAGGUCUAUUACAACAGUGUAAAUGCACCAAGUAGAAAUUUGAAGCUGAUGUUUUUCUUCAGCCGAGCAGGCAAGUGAGACUGUCACAUGUCAGCAGGUUUCUUGUAGCCUGACACAGGUCACGUCUCUGACCAUUCAUGUUGAAAAUUAAACUGAUAUCAUGUGCUUUUUUAAAAGUGUACAACGCUGGCUGAGUUUGCCUGGCAAAACAACGUGUUCUUGGAAACAUGUCGGCAGCUAUGUGGCUCAUGUAUCCUCGGAGGGUCCAGUGACGCCAGCGUUUGUCACCGACAUAAUGUGUGUCCCGCCUGUUUACGUAGGCACUCUGGGAUAGGCUUACUGAUGGUACAGAUAUACAUCGGUAUGUGUAACAUCGAGUGUUUAAAGGACAGGGUGUUUACUGCAGAUAUUUAAAAUAGUUUAUGUAAAAAAACAAAGCGAAAGUGUUUUGGCGUUCAGUGUAACAGUGUAAGCAUAACAUGUUUUACACUGAUGAGUUGUUUUGACCCCUUUUUAGGUACACCUGCUUAAAAGGCUUGUUGCUUAUAUGUGAUCACGUGGCAGCAACACAAUCCAUUUAGGUAUGUAAACAUGGUGAGGAUCACCCACUAAAGUUCAAACUGAGCAUCUGAUUUAAGUGCCAGACACGCUGGUCUGAGCAUUUCAGAAACUGAUGAUCGAGUGGGAUUUUUCCAUAUAACCAUUAGUAGGGUUUACAGAGAAUGGUCUGGAAGUGAACAAACAUUAAUUGAGGCCAGUUCUCUGGGUGGAAGUCUCCUAUUGAUGCCUCAGGUCUGAGGAGAAUGGAAUCUGUACCAUGAAGAAUUAAGGCGCCCCUGAAGGCAAAACGAGGUGCUAACAAUGAAUAAAGUGGCCAGUGAGUAAAGAUGACCAUAGAGUGUAAUAAAGUAAACUUCUGCAAAAGCGAGAUUAAAAGCAUCCUGGCCAAAAAUAUUUGCAUUACUUCCAUUUGAAAUUUGCAUUGAGGAAAAAAAUGACUAAGAGCGCCUCAUAUUUCCUGACACCAACCGUCAGAAUUUGAAAAAGGAUGGUUGCGAAAGUGCAAACCUAAAACAAUAAACGCUCAUUUUAAGUUGUGAUGGAAAACUACUAUGAAGACACAUACUCUUCCCCUUUCUGCCUCACAGUCUGGAAAAACAAUUAGAUCGUGUUCACUCAGAGACACAUUUUCCCAGACACACAGGCUGAGCUUGGUUUGGUUGCAGAAGAGCUGCACGUGAGGCUUUUGUAGCGUGUAACCCCGUCCAGUAUUUGUCCUGGAGCAUGAGGGGAGAAGCAGUCUGCUGUCAGGAUUUUGGGCUCUGAGGCACAGAGAUACAGACAGAGUGGUUUUGGCAGUAAUGUAAUUGUACCAUUAAUGAGAGUAGAGCCGCUUUUUUUUUUAUUAGAAAUGAAAUUGGUGCAUUUACAUCCUGACUUUGUUUCCUUCUCGAGUAUGUUAGUCUUUGCAAACUCAGCGUUUGCAUCUUUCUACAUUAAAUACCUAUUUUUGCUUAUGUUUAGUGUCCUAAUCUCACUAACCACGAGCCGACCACAUCCUCUUCGCACAGUCUCACUGGAGGGUCUCGCGCUGUAAGCAAACAUGGCAUGUGUUACGAGGCAGAGCUGUGAUUGGCUAGAAAGAUCACCUCACAGCAUCAGACCUGACUGACAGACUGGUGACUUUAAAUGCUUACGAAGCUUCCACUGCUUCCCGCUGUCAAAGACUUAAGUAAAGUGAGAUGUCUUGCUGUAGAUUUAUUUUUUUUGUUAUCAGGGUUACAAGUUUAAUGCGACUGGAUGUAAACGGUCACGAAAGAGCAUAAAGUCACUCUGUAGGCACAGAAGAGCUCCGACAAAGUAAGAAAGAGGGUAAUUUUGUUGCCACUGUGGCAACUGAAGCGAUUUUUUCUUUCUUCUUGGCAACUCAACAGCUCGACGCUGAUUGGCCAACUAACGGGUCGGGGGUUUUUUUUUGCAAGUGACGUCACCCAGUGACAGGACUCCUGAGUGAGAGGAACAGACUCGCUUAGAGAGGAAGAGUCAACGCUUUAACUUAAACGGUAGCGUUUUUGCUCCAUGCUCCCAGGAGCUGCAUCCGGGCAUCAGACAUCACCUGUAUCGAGGAACAGGAGGUCUUUUAAAAUGUUUCGUUGUUUUAUUAUUCCCGGUUGAUGAAACGCUCGUCUCCCGUGUGUUGGUUAAAAGGCAGCCCCUCAGCUCAAACAGACCCGUCAAACCAUGAAUUUCGUGGGCCAGUUGGCGGGCCAGGUGUUUGUCCAGGUCAAAGAGCUGUACCGAGGCCUCAAUCCCGCCACCCUCUCUGGCUGCAUCGACGUCAUUGUUGUGAGACAGCCCGAUGGCUCCCUGCAGUGCUCGCCAUUCCAUGUGCGCUUUGGCAAGCUGGGGGUCCUACGGUCCCGAGAGAAAGUGGUGGACAUGGAAAUCAAUGGAGAACCAGUAGAUCUCCACAUGAAGCUUGGGGAGAACGGCGAGGCGUUUUUUGUGCAAGAAACAGAAAAUGAUCAGGAAGUGGUUCCCUCCUACCUGGCCACCUCUCCUAUCCUAUCAGAUGGACCUGUUUUGAUGGGGAAGAUCUCCGGGACACCCAUACAGAAUCUGUGCUCUGUGGCAAGCAAUGGCGAGAACAGUAACGUGAUGAUGAAGAAAAGGAGGAAGAGGAGGAGGAAGGCUCGGGCGGACAGCCUGAGGAGAGAGGAAAGUGGAGACUACUCCGCGGACGAAGACAUGUUCCCCAUAGACAUCAGCUCGGAUGAAGUGGCAGAAAUGGAGAGCAACAGGUCUUCAUCUCGGGAUGUCUCUAGAGAUGAGAACACAGUUGGUUCGACCAACAGUUCUUUCAAACAGGCUGGCAUGUACACUCGUUCAGAUGGGGAGUGGAGUCCCAUUCAGAGUCCUGGAAACUCUCGCCCCACAUCUCCCAAGAGUGAUUCUGAGCUAAUUGGCAAACCGUCAAACACAGACAAUCAGAAUCCAGAAAUGCACUGGGCGUGGGGAGAGCUGCCUCAGGCCGCCAUGCCAUCUGUCCUUCCACUGAAGUCCAGCCCUCCACCAGUUUGCCCCGUAUCUAUCCCGGUGUCUGAAAGCACACACUUCCGUGUGAUUACGCCUGAGGUGUCUUCGGAACAGUGCGGACCCUGCUCGGAAAUACCAGCACUGCGACUGCUGAUGCCGACAGAGACGAUGCACACAGAGGAAAUGGUCGAUGCAGAAUCCAUUGGGAUGGAGUCUCAAACGGUAACUUCGGCGAUGCAAGUUACAACAGUGGGAGGCGUGGCAGCUCGUAUGGUGGCCGACAUGGAGGACACUUCACCCCGUCCACAAGGCAAAGCAGACUCUCCGUCAAAGAAAAAAGAUAAAAGGAGUCGCCAUCUUGGUUCUGAUGGAAUUUAUCUGGACGACAUCACUGAGCUUGAACCGGAAGUGGCAGCCCUUUAUUUUCCUAAGAGUGACACUGGUGCAACAGUGAGGAGCAUCUCGGAUCCGGGCCUCCACAGCACCAGUCAGUCUCCUCAGUCUGUAAGCUCUGGAGGAGACAGUGGAGUAGACAGUUACUGCGAUCCCAUGUCUGACCUGCCAUCAAUUGCCAUCUCUUUGUGUGGGGGGCUCAAUGACAACAGGGAGAUCACGAAAGAGCAAUUUUAUAAGAAGACUGUGUCCUAUCAGCAGUUCACAGAGAACCCCUCUAUCAUCGACGACCCCAACUUAGUGGUGAAAAUUGGCUCAAAGUACUAUAAUUGGAACACUGCAGCUCCGCUUGUGCUGGCUAUGCAAGCCUUUCAGAAGCCUCUGCCAAAGGCUGCAGUGGAGAACAUCAUGAAGGAGAAGAUGCCCAAGAAAGCAGGAAGGUGGUGGUUCUCCUGGAGAAGCAAAAACAGCAGUGCCAAAUCGGAUUCAGCCUCUGAGCGUGGGGCCUGUUGCACUGCUGAGCAGGUUGGGAAUAUGACAAGCAGACUGAAAGAAGAGUCAUCCUCUAGUGAUGAGGACCACCGGGAAGCCAAGCAGAACUCUUCCCUCAUACAGACAGAGCCGGUACUCACAACGGGAGGCGUGUCUUAUAAGAAAACUCUCCGACUCACAUCAGAGCAGCUGCUGUCUCUUCAGUUGCAAGACGGGCCUAACGAUGUCGUGUUCAGCGUCACCACUCAGUACCAGGGAACCUGUCGCUGUCAAGGCACCAUCUACCUCUGGAACUGGGAUGACAAGAUAAUUAUCUCCGACAUAGAUGGAACCAUUACCAGGUCAGACACAUUGGGUCAUAUCCUGCCCACACUCGGGAAAGACUGGACACACCAGGGGAUUGCUCAGCUGUACCACAAAGUCAGCCAAAAUGGCUACAAGUUCCUGUACUGCUCAGCCCGAGCGAUCGGCAUGGCUGACAUGACUAGAGGUUACCUCAACUGGGUCAACGAGAGAGGCACUAUGCUUCCUAUGGGCCCCGUCCUCUUGAGCCCGAGCAGCCUCUUUUCAGCUCUGCACAGGGAGGUGAUAGAGAAGAAGCCGGAGAAGUUCAAGGUAGAGUGUCUCACUGAUAUCAAGAACCUCUUCUACCCCAACAAGCAGCCGUUCUACGCAGCAUUCGGCAACAGACCGACGGAUGUAUACUCAUACAAAGAAGUUGGGGUGUCACUAAACAGGAUUUUUACAGUGAACCCCAAAGGGGAGCUGGUGCAGGAGCACGCCAAGACCAACAUCUCAUCCUACGUACGUUUGUGCGAGGUCGUUGACCACGUGUUUCCGCUGAAGGCCCGAGCGUCCUCCUCUGACUUCCCCUGCUCGGACACCUACAGCCACUUCACCUACUGGAGGGAGCAGUUCCCCCUGGUGGAGAGUCAGGAAACUACACCUCAACAGACCACCAGCUCCAGCAGCUGACCGACUACCUCUGGCCUUUGGAGCAAGGACUGAAUGAUGGUGUGCUUGAGAUGUAGCAGAGGGUUGGAGAAUGAUGUGUGCGAGUGUAUAAUUGUUGAGUUUUCGUUUUGUUUUUUCAACAGAAGAUGGAGCACUUUAUAAGUGGACAGCAGAGAGUAAAACUAGUAAACGAGUAAAGCAAUCUGCUGUGAAUAGUCUUAAUUCACAAGAUGGAUAUAAGCGCACUUUUAUUAAAAGAUGGACUUUGGGGUCAUCUGACUAAAAGUAUAUAUGUGUAGUGAGGAAUAAAAUAUUAGUAUUUUAUUCAGGCAGCUUAGUAUGGAUACUAUUUUAUAGGGAGUGUUGGCAAUAUAUCAGUAGCUAGACUACAAUGUAUGACCUAGACAGUUCUUUAACACACACUAUAGCUGAAUUAUGGCCUCUGUUUAUCAUAACGAGAGAGCAGGUUACUUAAAUUUGUGCCAAAUAGUCAACGUGGAAUUUAUUUUCUUACUGUGAUCAUCUGCUCUGCAGGGCCAGAAGUGGUGUAAACAUUUCCACAUACAUACAUGGCUUAAAUUAAAACAGUAUAGUUAAACCAGCAUCUUCAGUUGAAUUCUACAUUUGGCGUUAUUUCUGCGUUUAUUUAUAUAUUUAUUUAACCGAUGCCAUUUUUUGUCCUCUUUAGUUUACACACAGCCUUCAAUCAGCAUGGAAGUGCAGCUCUCCACGUGCAUUUGUACUAUGUAGCAACACAUAUGUGAGGCGACCGAGCCAGUGAGUGUCAGGACAGAAAAGCACAACACUUUAAAGCAUCGUCUUCCUUAUUUGCAAGAGGGAUUGGUGAAAUAUUUGUUUUUCUAUUCAGAGUCUGCAUGUGUUGUGGUGAGAAUGUGAUUUCAGUUUGUGAGGUGCAGUUUUUCGCCUUUCUGUUAUAGUUCAUGUAGUCUACGUUACUGUAUAAGAUGCAGACUGUGUAAGAUGUAGCGUACACUUCUGC